UUGUGUGUACUUUUGGUUUCAAUUAUAACAGUACCCUCUCUCUCUCUCUCUCUCUCUCUCUCUCUGAAUGGACCAUUUUCCCCCAAAACCAAACACCAAUAUAAUGAAGGAAAAACGGAAAGUGAACGUGGAGCUCUGAGUCCUUCCUCACCAACCAACUAACAAUCAUGACCGUUGUCAAAACUCUGCUCUUCUUCCUGUUUCUAACCAUAACCACAACCACCUGCAGCUCCUUGGCUUCCCACUUCGAACAGCUCAACGUGGAGGAAGAAAUGGCAGCGACAAAACUUAAGAACCCACCAAAAGAAACAGAGGAUUUAGAAGAAAAGCAGGGAAAUUGGAAAGUUCAGAUUGUUCACAGAGAUAAAAUCAGCACCGCCCCUGCCAAGGAUCACACCACCCGUUUCAACCAACGAAUGAAACGUGACUUCAAAAGGGUAUCCUCUAUCGUUAACAGUAACAGCCAUGCUUACACGGAAGCAGCGGAAGAAGCGUCCUUUGGAUCCGACGUCGUUUCGGGAACGGAGGAAGGUAGCGGAGAGUAUUUUGUGAGAAUAGGAAUUGGAAGCCCUGCAACUUACCAGUACAUGGUCAUAGACUCGGGCAGUGACAUCGUCUGGGUCCAGUGCCAGCCAUGCGACCACUGCUACAACCAGUCCGAUCCAAUAUUCAACCCCGCCCUCUCCGCCUCCUUCACCGGCGUUUCCUGCUCCUCCUCUGUCUGCGACCAGCUCGACGAUGCCGGCUGCCACCAGGGAAGGUGUCGCUACGAGGUGGCCUACGGCGACGGCUCCUACACCCGAGGCACGCUCGCGCUCGAAACAAUCACGCUGGGGCGGACUCUCAUCCGGAACACGGCCAUCGGCUGCGGCACAUGGAACCAAGGUAUGUUCGUGGGAGCGGCUGGGCUUUUGGGCCUGGGAGCCGGGCCCAUGUCCUUCGUGGGUCAGCUCGGUGGCCAAACAGGCGGCGCCUUCGCAUACUGUCUGCUCUCUCGCGGCAGCGCCUCCUCUGGCUCGCUCCAGUUCGGCCGGCAGGCAUUGCCCCUGGGAGCGGCGUGGGUCCCACUCAUUCCCAACCCCUUCUUUCCCAGCUUCUACUACGUUGGGCUCUCGGGUCUCGGAGUUGGGGGCUCGCGGCUGAACAUAUCGGAGGAUGUUUUCCGGGUAACUGAUCUGGGCGACGGAGGGGCCGUGAUGGACACCGGCACCGCCGUCACCAGGCUUCCCACGGUGGCGUAUCAUGCCUUCCGGGACGCUUUUCUUGCCCAGACCACCAACCUGCCCCGGGCACCAGGACUCUCCAUUUUCGACACCUGCUACGAUUUGAACGGCUUUGUUACGGUUCGGGUGCCCACCGUCUCCUUUUACUUUUCCGGUGGACAGAUCUUGACCCUUCCGGCCAGAAACUUUCUAAUUCCGGCAGAUGAUGCCGGAACUUUCUGUUUUGCCUUUGCGGCUUCGCCUUCGGGGCUUUCCAUUAUAGGGAAUAUUCAGCAAGAGGGGAUCCAGAUUUCGAUUGAUGGUGACAAUGGUUUUGUGGGGUUUGGACCCAAUGUCUGUUGAUUUAGGGAAACAAAUAUUCUUGAGCACCCACCAUCCGAGUUUUGCUAAGUCUUCGCCUUUCCUUUCUCCUACCCAUCUCAUCUCCUUUCAUUUCAUUUCAUAACUUCAUUCAUGUAUUAUACCUCUCAAAAUAACUAAACUCCUCAAUGUCACUGCCAGUUUUUCCCACUUCUUUAAUUCUAGUGUAAUGCUAGCCAGUGCAAUUCAGCAGAGCUGCAUCGCCGGGGAAUCUAGUUACUCUUCCCGCCGCAGUAAUAAUGUGGUCAAAAGAAUCAUGGAAAAAGUAUAGUAGAAAAAAAGUUUGCUUUUUCGGUCGACGCAGAAAACAGUGUACAUAGAAAAAAGGUUGCUUUGAUGUUGAUGUUGUUGGUUUAGGAGUGAGCUUCUAAGAGAGAGAGAGAGAUAAAGGUGCUGGGUGCAGCAAUUGAAUAAUCACCGUUCACCAUCGUUUGAGAUGUUUGAAACCGUCACUUCUAUAAUUUUUGAAUGCAUGCAGACUUUUUGGUA